AGAAGAAGAAGAAGAAGAAGAACCUGGAGAUGAGAACCUGUCGAAACUCCGCCCCUCGGAGCACGGGUUCAUCAAAAUGGAUGAGCAACAGAAAUGGGAGCGUGGUGCAGAGUUGGACCAGAGUCAUUUCUGCUGUUCAAUAUGUUUGGACCUGCUAAAAGAACCGGUGACCAUCCUGUGUGGACACAGUUACUGCAAAAACUGUAUCGAGGGCUGCUGGGACCAAAACGAGGAGAAGGGAACGUACAGCUGCCCUCAGUGCAGGGAGACGUUCAGCCCCAGGCCUGUGGUGCGAAGGAACAACAUGCUAGCCCAGGUUGUAGAGAUGUUAAAGAGGACAGGCGACCAGAACGCUUCUCCACCUGCUGAUCUGGCCUGUGCAGGCCCAGGAGAUGUCGCCUGUGAUUUCUGUUGUGGGACAAAACGAAACAAAGCCACAGUGUCUUGCCUGACAUGUUUGGCGUCUUACUGUCCAGUUCACCUCAAGCCUCACUGCAGUUUCGUUGUGUUGAAGACCCACCAGCUGGUCUCGGCUACAGUCCCACUGCAGGAAAAACUAUGUACUAAGCACAACAAGCUGAAGGAGGUCUACUGCCAGAAAGACCAGAUGUGUAUCUGCUAUCUGUGCACUCUCGAUGAGCACAGGGGCCACUCUGCUCUCUCAGCUGCAGCAGAGAGGGCCAAAGAACAGAAACAGCUGAUUGUGAGUCGAGAGACUGUCCAGGAGAGAUUAGAAGAGAGAGUAGAGGAGCUGAAUGAGCUGGCCCAAGCUCUGAGGGAUUUCAAGAGUUGUAGCCGGACUGCAGUGGAGUCCUGUGAUGAGACUAUUGAUGAGCUAAUCUCCUUCAUAAAGACAAAGCACACUUUGGUGACCCAGCUGAUUAAAAGUCGAGAGGAAACUGCAGUGGCUCAGGCUGAAGCUCUGCAGCUGCAGCUGGAGGAGGAGAUCGCCAGGCUGCACAGGAGGGACACCUAUCUGGACCAGCUUUCACAUACAGAUGACCACAUCCAUUUCAUUCAGUCAAGGCAGACCUGGGCUAGGAUCUCUGCUGCAGUGUCUACUAUAGAUGUGGUACUGCCACCAAUGCCCAAGACCAGAGAAGAUUUGUUACGCUAUUGCUGUCCACUGACACUGGAUGCCAGCUCAGUCAGCAAAUCUUUGUCCCUUUCAGAAGAUUAUCAGCGAGUGACAAGUAAAGAGUAUUUAAAUAAUUAUGGGCGAGUGAUGGGUAAAAAUUAUUCAAGUUAUCAUGAUGCUCCCUCAGACAGGUUCACAGGUAUCAGGCAGGUGCUGUGCACAGAGGGUUUGUCGGAGCGACGUUACUGGGAGGUCACUUGGGUAGGUCACACUUGGUCGGUGGCGGUGACGUACAAAGACAUAGGCAGCACAUCAUCAUAUAACUCGGAGUUUGGACAGAACGACAUGUCAUGGAGUUUAGAGUGCUCCCCAGAUGGUUACACCUUCCGACAUAACAGUUCCAUCAAGGCAGUGUCAGGCCCUGAGUCCUGCAGGGUUGGCGUGUACCUGGACUAUUUGGCAGGUACUCUGUCUUUUUAUAGCGUCUCUGACACCGUGACUCUGCUGCACACAGAGUCCACCACGUUCACUCAGCCUCUCUACCCUGGCCUCGGGCUGAAGAACACUGACUCUUAAGUCAAGCAGUGGCUUUUAUGCAGAACUAGUGAAGUUAUGGUGAUAAGAUUUCUACUGAGGUAGUUUUUGUGGGCCACUGUAGAUCAGCCUGUAAUUGGCCAUCCACUAUAACUGGACAUCAUAUGAUGGAUAAGAGGAUGAAACUUGGAUAGGAAUGAGAAACCGAAGUAGAAGUUCUGGUACAAAUUUGUAAAACUUUAAUAUUUAAUAUAAAUGUAAAAAUGCAGCAUUUCUGCAACUUCAAAAGCCCAGUUAUGUUUUCUGUUUGCAGCGUGACCUCUGGUGGUGAAGACAGGUUUUAUUAAAUGGUUUGGAUUUGUUUCCUUUCACUUUGACUCUCCCAGAUUAAAGUUUAAAUUUUCUUCCGUUAGGCACCAUGUCGGUCUGAGUUUGUCUCGUUUAAAACAAGUUGUUUUUUUUUUUUGAAAAUGUUUAAAUAGUGCACAUUUUUUAUGUGGUUAUGGGUGAUUUAUUGCAUUUAAUGUGGCAUGCUUGUUAAAUGCUUUGCUUUCUCAUAUUGCAUUUCGAUGGCCAAAUGCAUAAACAGACAGCUAAAAAAAGGAACUUUUUUUUUCGUCAGUUACUUGAAGCCAUAUUAGUCAAACCAGUUACAUUUGUUAAGAGUAUUUACUCCAUUAUUACUAUUUUUCAUUGUCUAGCAUAUAAAAGCUGAGUAUUUUGUUAAAUGUGAUCAUUUUUAAAAUAAACACUCGGCCCAUUGUUUCUGA